AUGACGACAUUCAAUUUGUCACUUUGGAGUCUCAGUGGGCACCAAGGCAACAAAUGGCUAAAUGGUCAAGUAUCGUUCACUACGAAUGAGGAUUUUAAGGUUUUGAUGGUUGCCAAUGGAAAAUACUCCCCCAAUUUGUAUAAUUUAGCUGUUGAUGACAUCAGUAUUGCUACAAAAUCAUGCGAACGGUCUCCACCUCACAGCGUGCCAGGUUUCACAUGCGAGAGUAAACAUAACUUUCAGUGUGAUAACGGGCAGUGUGUGAGCAAAGACUUGGUUUGCGACAGCGACAAUGCAUGCGCUGACAACUCUGAUGAGAAGAACUGUAAAUGCUUCACUAAUCAGUUUGAAUGUCCGACUGGAGAAUGUCUUCAAGUAAACCAGCUGUGUGACUCAGGAAAUGACUGUGACGACAAAACAGACGAGUCCAGAUGUGAAAGAAGCUGCUCUGAAGAUAGUUUCUCUUGUGCCGGAGGAGGAUGUGUUCCAUUGUCGUUUACAUGUGAUGGAAACAGAAACUGUGAAGAUGGGACGGAUGAGCCUGCUAUAUGUGGUUCUACAAAUUGCUCUCUCUUAAAUAUAAGUUGUGCGAGUCCCAACCAUACUGAUAUAACGGACGCAAGAUGCGAUGGAAACAGAGUCAAAUGCGAUUUUCAAGAUGGCCUAUGCGGGUUAAAACAUGAUUCUAAACUUCGGUGGAGUAUUGGUUCAGGAUCAACGCCUACAAAGAACACUGGGCCCGACUAUGACCACAGUACCUUUCUACCUGAAGGUAAAUAUAUUUACCUAGAAUCAACAGAUCGGAAGGAAGGAGAAGCAGCCGUCUUGACCAGUAGUGUAAUCGCGGCUGGGAAGGCUACAUGUGUGCAGUUUUGGUAUCACAUGAAAGGGCAGGAUAUCGGCAGUUUGAAUGUCUUCAUCCAGACAAAUGAGUCAAGAAGUCUUGUUUGGAGUCAAGCUGGUGACAAAGGUGCCAAUUGGCUUUUUGGUCAGGUUGGAUACAAAGGUGGUUCGAAAAGUUACAAGGUGUGAUUUUCCAUUGUGUAUUCUAUUGUUCCUAAGACAAUUGCUCAUGUACAAUCAAC